GAGAAGAUGCGGGCUUUUCGCGUCCUAUGCCCCUUAUGGCGGCCUUCGGGGUUCGGAGCCCAUACGGACAGCUUCGGCCUCGGCAGAUUCGCCUCCGGCCCGGGCAGAACCUCGACUCCUGUCCUGAAUAUCUUUGACCGGGCCUUGAAGCGGAAACAGAAGAACUGGGCGGCCCGGCGGCCGGAUUUAGCCAAGUUCGACUACCUGAAGGAGGAGGUUGGAAGUCGGAUUGCCGACCGAGUGUAUGACGUUUCCAGAGAUUUCUCCCUUGCUUUGGAUAUCGGUUGUGGGAGAGGUUACGUAGCACAGCAUUUGAAUAAGGAAGCUGUUGGAAAGUUUUUCCAAACAGACAUUGCAGAAAAUGCUCUGAAAAAUACCUUAGAAACAGAAGUCCCUACUGUAAGUGUUUUAGCUGAUGAAGAAUUUCUUCCUUUCCGUGAAAAUACAUUUGACCUGGUGGUUAGCAGUUUAAGUUUGCACUGGGUAAAUGACCUUCCUAGAGCACUUCAGCAGAUUCAUUAUGUUUUAAAACCAGAUGGAGUGUUUAUUGGUGCAAUGUUUGGGGGUGAUACACUCUAUGAACUUCGGUGUUCAUUACAGUUAGCAGAAAUGGAAAGGGAAGGAGGAUUUUCCCCACACGUUUCUCCUUUCACUGCUGUCAGUGACCUAGGACAUUUGCUUUCGAGAGCUGGCUUCAAUACUCUGACUGUGGACACUGAUGAAAUUCAAGUUAACUAUCCUGGAAUGUUUGAAUUGAUGGAAGAUCUACAAGGGAUGGGUGAGAGCAACUGUGCUUGGAACAGAAAAGCCCUGCUGCACCGGGACACAAUGCUGGCAGCUGCAGCUGUGUAUAAAGAAAUGUACAGAAAUGAAGAUGGUUCAGUGCCUGCCACAUAUCAAAUCUAUUAUAUGAUAGGAUGGAAGUACCAUGAUUCACAGGCAAAACCAGCUGAAAGAGGUUCGGCAACUGUAUCAUUUGGAGAGCUGGGAAAGUUAAACAACCUUAUGCCACAAGGGAAGAAAUCACAAUAAAUUUUUUUU